AUGCUGGACCCCAAGGACUGUGGUGGGACGAUGACGUCAAAUCAUAAGAUUUCCUUUUCCAUUAUUGAUAUUUUGGAUCCGAACAAAUUCAACAGCAAACGGGUGAAUGAACUUUCCAUCGCGAAGGAGAAGUUUUCGGUGCCAAACGCAGAGGGGGAAAGUGCGGAGUCGGACAGCAGUGCAAGCGAAGACUUCAGAGCUGAGCGCACGAAAGAAGAGGAAGAAAAAGGAGAUGAACCCUCUCCAGACUCAAGGCAUCAUGCUGUUGUCACCUUCCCUCUUCAAACAGAACCAGAGUUCUGUCUCCCUGGGGAUCACGAUGAAGAAGAGUCCGCGGUCACCCCACAGGACCCUCCCACGCACAAACGCCGCCGCCAGGACCAGGCCUGCGCCAAACCCAGACGAGCCAGAACCGCCUUCACCUAUGAGCAGCUAGUGGCUCUGGAGAACAAGUUCCGCACCACUCGAUAUCUGUCUGUGUGCGAGAGACUUAACCUGGCCCUGUCUCUGAGUCUGACUGAGACGCAGGUGAAAAUUUGGUUUCAAAACAGGAGGACCAAAUGGAAAAAGCAGAACCCAGGGGCGGACAGCACUUUGCAACCAGGGGGAUCCAAUCCUCUAGUCAAUGUCAGUCCAAACCCGCCCACGUGUGUGUCGAGCCCGGCCAGCUUCCACCAAACUUUCCCCAACUUCAGCUCUGGGAAUGUGAUCUUCCACACGACUGGUGCAGUUCCACUUUCAUCCACUGGAGGGCUCCUGCAUCCUUUCAUAUCCAGUGGGUUUGGCCAGCCAACUUAUUUCAACCCACAUCUAUAA